ACUACAAGUCCCAUCAGGCUCUUUGCCAGCUUCCGGAAUCUGCUCCCGGAAGCGGCAACUAGUCGCCUGGCCUGGCUUCGGAUAGAGGGCCAGAAAUGGAGGAGAUCGGGAUCUUAGUGGAGAAAGCGCAGGAUGAAAUUCCAGCGCUGAAUAUCUCCAGGCCUCAGACUGGCCUCUCCUUCUUGGUUCCAGAGGCUGAGGAUGUGGAGGAUCUUUACAGUCGCUACAAGAAACUGCAGCAGGAGUUGGAAUUCCUGGAGGUGCAGGAGGAGUACAUCAAAGAUGAGCAGAAGAACCUGAAGAAAGAGUUCCUGCAUGCCCAGGAGGAGGUCAAACGCAUCCAGAGUAUCCCCUUAGUCAUUGGCCAGUUCCUGGAGGCAGUGGAUCAGAACACAGCCAUUGUGGGCUCCACCACAGGCUCCAAUUAUUACGUCCGGAUCUUGAGCACCAUUGACCGGGAGCUGCUCAAGCCCAAUGCUUCAGUGGCACUGCACAAGCACAGCAAUGCCUUGGUGGACGUGUUGCCUCCCGAAGCCGACAGCAGCAUUAUGAUGCUCACUUCAGAUCAGAAACCAGAUGUGAUGUAUGCUGAUAUCGGUGGGAUGGAUAUUCAGAAGCAGGAAGUCCGGGAGGCUGUGGAGCUGCCCCUCACCCACUUUGAACUCUACAAACAGAUCGGCAUCGACCCUCCACGUGGUGUAUUAAUGUAUGGUCCUCCUGGGUGUGGGAAGACCAUGUUGGCCAAAGCGGUGGCCCACCAUACCACAGCUGCCUUCAUUCGGGUGGUGGGAUCCGAGUUUGUACAGAAGUACCUGGGCGAGGGGCCGCGGAUGGUGCGGGACGUCUUCCGCCUGGCCAAAGAGAACGCCCCGGCCAUCAUCUUCAUUGACGAGAUCGACGCCAUCGCCACCAAGCGCUUCGAUGCACAGACGGGAGCGGACAGGGAGGUUCAGCGCAUCUUGCUGGAGCUGCUCAACCAAAUGGAUGGCUUUGAUCAGAACGUGAACGUCAAGGUGAUAAUGGCCACAAACCGAGCCGACACACUUGACCCCGCUCUGCUCCGACCAGGCCGCCUGGACCGCAAAAUUGAGUUUCCUCUGCCGGACCGGCGCCAGAAACGACUGAUCUUCUCCACCAUUACCAGCAAGAUGAACCUGUCUGAGGAGGUGGAUCUGGAGGACUAUGUCGCCCGGCCGGACAAGAUCUCAGGUGCCGACAUUAACUCGAUAUGCCAGGAGGCUGGGAUGCUGGCUGUACGGGAGAACCGCUACAUCGUCCUGGCCAAGGACUUCGAGAAGGCCUACAAGACAGUCAUCAAGAAAGACGAACAGGAACAUGAGUUCUACAAAUAAAAACUGGGGAAAGCAGGAUGGAGCUGGGGUGGUUGUCUCAGUCCUUGGGGAUUUUGGGGGGGGGGGGUAGUGUGAGUCUUAUAUUGUGUGUCUUUGGCGUUUCAAGGAAUGAAAGUAACGUAUGAAUAAAUAAGUACCUAGGA